UCGAGGGGGCAUGGCAACUAGUGUGGCAGGCGGGGUUCGAAUUCGCAGACCCGGAAUGACGUGACCGCCAACCUUAGAGUAGCCAUGGCCGGAAGCUUCGAGUUGCCCAGUGAAAACGUUCGGAUGAGAUUGCCGCCAUUCUUGCUGGAAAGGUUAGGCGGGGUGGAGCCUGUCAGGAGGGUCGUGGUCGACCUCGCCAACCUGGCGUUUGAGGACGCAAUGGUUCACCGAGAGUAUUAUCGGGCCUUUCUAGAAAUGGGGUCAUUCAACAACGAACAAAGGGUAGGUAAAGGGAUGGCGUCAGAAGGAGAGGCUGAGGAACUGCAAAGCAAAGGAAGUCAGGGCACGGGUAGGGGUACAAAACAAAACGAAGCACCAGUAAAGGAUCGAGAGUCGGCGAAACCACAGGGAACCAAGGAAGACGAGAAGGAUCGUUCGACAGGUGAAAGUUCGGGAAAAGCCGGGGGUAGCAAAAAAGGACCUCAGGAAAACAGGGAAGGAAGGGACAAUGGAAGAUCGAGCCCUCGAAACUCAGAAGGGACUACGCCCAAGAAAACGAAGGUCUCGGACGCCCGCCGUAAGCUGGCAGAGAUAGAAAAACGAACCGCAGAAUAUAAAGCGAGGCUUAUGAAGGAAAUGAUGGCGGGGAAUGAAAGGGACUCCCUGGGUGAAGGGUCACGAGAAGAACGCAGGAUCAGCCAGGGCGAAAUCAGGCACGGAGGGAAGGAUAACAACCGUAAGGGGACGCCCAGCAAGAAAGGGAAGGAAAAGGGGGACGCUCCGGCUGUGGAAGCAGAAAAGGCUACGACCUCGCCUGCUAUGGACAGCGGGACUAGCCGCCUGCCCGCCACACCGAAAAUAGCAAAGGGUUGCGACGGAUUUUGGAGUCUCAGAGAAAGGGCUUUAGGAUGGUUCGAUCUUGAGGAUACGACAAAGGCUGGGGAAAAGCAGGGGGAUAGCAAAGAAGGAGAAGGGACUAGUCCGGCUGGUGAAGCAGGUAGCUCUGAGGGAGGUCUUAAGAAAAUAGUAGCUACCCUCACCCGGGCUCUGAAUAAGAAUCAGGGGUAUCUGGCCGAUGCCAAGAAGAAACUCAAUUUUGAUGGGGCGAACAUUACGGAGUUCCUGACAGACUAUGAGAACCUUACAGCCUUGUUGAAAUGGAGUGAGGAAGAGAAGAUGGACCAUUUGGGGCAGCAUGUGUCACUGAGUCUGGGUAGAGACAUUAUGACCAUCGUCGCCACUAGUGGAUCCUGGAAGGAAACCAGGAACGAGAUGAUGAGGAAGUACCUAAAAGCGGAGAAGAUGGCAACAGAAGCCGAGUUGGCGGCAGUCCAAAGGAAAAACUAUGCGACUUACAACGACUUCCUAAGGGCGUUUACCCUAGUCGCGCUACGAAUCCCCGGGGUAACAGAUCGGAUAAUGAGUAAGUAUUUUCUCAGGCAGUUCUCCAAAUUCGACAAAGAUAAGCUUCUGUCAGCUUACCAACAGACUAGCAAGUUCGAGCACACUAGGGAUGUGGACUUCAACACGGUUACAGACCUCGCAGAAAAGACAGUGGUGACCGAUACGCUAGCCCUGCUUAAGGAAGGGGAGGUUAUAGACUUGACUGGGAAGACGGGGGAUAAGGUCAAAAAGGGGAUAGAGAGCCUGCACGAACGAGUGCACGAGGUUGACAGCAAGAUAGAAAGAGUGAAAAAUGCGCUAUUAGUAAUGCAGGCGCAGGUGUCCCGACCCGCCCUCCCGCCCCAAGAGGCCGAAGUUCCGGCAGCGGUAGCGAAUCGGGGGUAUGGCAGAAGGGAUCCGGCCAAUGAGCAAUGCAAGUAUUGCACAAUGGUCGAAUAUUUCGUGCGGACCUGCCCAAGACUCAACCAUGAUAUCAUAAGACAAAGAUGCAGCAGGUCCCUUAAGGGUGAGAUUAUCGGACCCCAGGGAGAGCGAGUAAAUUGGAAUUCGCUAGGAGGGAUGCGGCGUGUCGUCAUCAUCCUGAAUAACUUGGAUAUAGCCGCCGUAGAAGCAGAGCCGGUAGCCGAUAUUGUCUGGGACCAACCGAGGGGACGGGGACCACAGACCAAUUUCAUCCUAGAAGGCCAUGGGCAGGAUAGGGUAAACAUCACCACCCGACGGGCCGGUGCGGAAAAGAAGCUUAUUCGAGACGUAGUAAUGGAAGAGGUCGCAGGGACGAGCGCAGAUCAAGAUGAAGCCGAGACCGGGGAACAGGAGAAGGUUUAUGGAAAGACAAGGGAAGAGGAGCCGAUAGACAAAGCAGUGGCGGCCAAGAAGAAAUUCAGGUAUCAAAUCCUCAUCUUGACCUCGCCGGAAAUCGACGACACCCUGAGCAAAUUGCUUGGUACCAUGGAAACGGAAGAGGCUGAGGCACCCCAAGGGGUCUCCAACCUCCAGAGGGUUCCAGGGGAUCUAGAGGACCUGGAGAAAGCCUUUGCAGAUAUCCGUCUAAGCCUACCGGACCGAGAGGGUGGUGAAGUCAUGAGGGCACCACCCGGGACGAAGCUUAGCUUCCAUGCACUGCCCGUAGGAAAGCUAAAAGUCCAGAUCGGAACCCACCACACAGAUGCAUUAGUGGAUAGUAGGGCUGAGAUUACCCUCAUACGACGAGACUUCGCAGCAAUUACGGGUUGCACUGUAAACAAGGAAGUGACGGGGAGUAUCCGGGGAGCGGGCGGGGAAAUUCCCUUUGCAGGGUACGUUACAAAAUGCGCGGUCAGGGCGGGGAUCAGGGAAUCAAUCUGGUCCUUCCAGCGGAUGACCGUGAUGGAAGAAAUGAACCAUGACAUAAUUUUCGGAAGACCGUGGUGCGCCAAUGUAGAGAUGAUAGGUAUGCAUCUGCAUGAUGACACAUACAUGGUGGAUAUAGAGGACCCUGUGACUGGCCGUGGAGAACUCCUCCGACUCCUUGGGACCGGAGGGGAUCCUCCGAAGGGCAAGUUGGCGACUUGGUCGCCGACGUUCGAGGAGAGCGCGAGAAGGGGGGCAUUCGCACGGAUGGAAGGCAUGAGGGAAAGAGUAAAGAUCAUGAUUGAGGAGGCGUUUAGUAAGAAGGAGUGGAUCAAGAUGGGUCUGCCUCUGAAGAAGAGGAGGCAAGAGGAUGAGGUGCUAGGGGUUAUGGUGGCAGAGAAGGAGGCAGAAGUCGAGUUUGGGGCCAGCUUGCCCAAAACAAAGAAAGACCGGAAGGAAGCGUCGGAGGUACGAGCCUUCCUAGGGGUAGUCGGAUUCUGGAGGAUCUUUAUCAAAGGGUUCGCAAAGAUAGCAGAACCUAUCCGUGCAAUGAUUAGGGAAGGAGGGACUAUGGAAUGGACUGAGGAUAGGGAGGCGACAGUCCAGACUCUCAAAGAUAUCCUGACUUCCGAUCAAGUCACCUUGGCAGCACCUUGCUUCAAUGACGAAGUAGGACGACCCUUUAUCCUAGAAAUGGACGGAGGACCCUUGGCAGUAGGGGGAGUACUGAUACAGAGAAGUGAGGAAGGCAAGGAGAGGCCUAUCAGAUUUGAGAGCAGGACCCUGAAUUUGGCAGAGCGGCGAUACUCACAGUUCAAGAAAGAGGUUUUAGCCAUUCUACAUUGCCUUAAGACUUUUCAGGCAUACCUAUUCGGGAGACGGUUUAUCCUGAGAAUCGAUCCAACCAAUGUCGCCGGGGCAUUAAAGAAUUAUAAGCCUAUAAACCUGACCGUUGGGAGAUGGAUAGGCUUCAUAUGGCAAUUCGACUACAAGGUCGAACGAAUUGCGGGGCUCCGAAACAGGGCAGCUGGACUAAGUCGGGUUUGCAUUACGCCAGAGGAAGUAGAGGAUGAGGAACCAAUCGACGCCUUCCUAGAAUACGAAGGAGGGACCCUUGUCGUAGAUAACGAGAUGGCAGAUACCGCUCCUACAAUGGAUCAAUUUUUGAUUCAGACACUGGAGAAGGGCGCGCCUGCGGUAGCUGCAGAACUCAGGGAAGGACCAGUCACCACGAUUAGACGCAAGGAUGAGAAGGAUUCGUGGGGAGCACCGAUUGGGCCAAAGGAGGAGCUGAUGGCAAUGGUCGUCGAAGGGGGUCGGGAUGUUGUGAUGAAUCUAGUAGAAACUUGGACGCGAAGAGAGCGGCAGUAUCUAGUGAAUCAGGCUCAGGAGGAGCAAGACACCGAUCAGAAGGGACGAUAAUUCUUCCUUAUCCAGAUGUAUGAUGGCAUCUUUAGAGAAAUCGGUCUGCUGCUUAUAGGAAACAAGCAGCCUAUGGAAGUCAGCCCCAAAGC